UUUUAUGUCUAGUUUUACAAUAAAGUCUAAACUAUGAUAAAUUUGGGUUGGAUCUAAUCUCAUCAUGUACUUUUAAAGUCAACUCCUAGUUCUAUCUUUUUGUUACCAUUCUUUUUCAAUUUUGUGCAAGACAUAACCCAUAGAUCCUUUCAAGCAAAUAUUGAUCUCUAAGAUUUUGUUUCCAACAAUCGUUAAAGAGGCCAAGCUAAUUAUAUGGAGAAUUCUGAAGAGUCUUGCAUCGAACCUUAUUAUCCAUCAAUUGGCGAAGAACUAGUGGGGUUUGAUGAUGAUGCAGAAAAUAUAACUAAGUAUUUGGUAAGAGGAGGAAAGGACCUGGAUGUUGUCUCGAUUGUUGGAAUGGCUGGUUUAGGGAAAACAGCUCUGGCUAGAAAGAUAUACAAUAGUCAUUCUAUUAUUGAUCAUUUUGAUGUUCGAGCUUGGUGUUCUGUUUCACAAACAUAUAAUAGGAGAGAGUUGUUGCUUCAGAUUCUAAAACAAAUUACAGGUGAUCAUCAUUCUAACUAUGUUAACUUGGAUUAUCCUGAAGAGAUAUUGCGAAGGUGUCUAUACAGAAAAAGAUAUCUUGUUGUAUUAGACAACAUAUGGGAUGGCAAGGCAUGGGAUGAUUUUCAAUCAUGUUUACCUGAUACUGUUUGUGGAAGUAGAAUAAUGAUAACAACUAGAGAUGAAAGGAUGGCUAGCUAUGUUAAGCGGUAUACUGUUCCUUAUUCACUUCCAUUUCUAAAAGAUGAAAAGAGUUGGGAAUUAUUGCAGAAGAGAGUAUUUCAACGAGGGAACUCGUGUCCUUUGGAGCUAGUCAAGUUAGGACAACUAGUUGCCAAAAAAUGUAAAGGAUUACCUUCUUUGAUUAUCAUGAUUGCUGAAACUCUUUCAAGAGAAACAGAAGCGUCUUCGUGGCUUAAGGUUGCAUAUGAUAUAAGUUCUUAUGUUUCCGACAAGGAGAUGAGCAUGAGGACGAUACAAUCAAGUUAUGACCUUUUACCGGAUCAUUUAAAGCCUUGCCUUCUCUACAUGGGAUUGUUUCCUAAAGAUUACGAAAUUCCAGUGUCUGAUCUACUCAAGUGGUGGAUAGCUGAGGAGUUUGUGCAGAACAUUGACACGUUGAAGCUAGAAGAAUUAUCAGAGAUUUGCUUGCAUGAUCUUGUUGGUAGAAACCUUGUAGUGGUUUCUAAAACAAGAUCGAAUGGUAAAAUGAAAUGCUGCAUAGUUCUUGAUCAAGUCCGUGACUUUUGCUUGAGAAAAAUUACAGAAGAAAAGUUCAUGCAGCUCAUAGGUUAUCCAGAUCAACCCGAAGAACAAAGGUUAUGCAUGUACAUACAAGACCGUACUAUGACAAGUGAUUUCAAGGAAAGUGAUCAGGAGUUCAUGGUUCAUCCGAAAUUCAGUAUAUUGGACAGUAAGAAUCCUUUCCGUUUGCUUAAUAACUUAAAACUUGUUCGGGUUCUACAUUUAUUGGAUAUCUACUUGGACAAUUCUUUGCCUACUGCAUUUCAGUCACUAGCUCACUUGAGGUACCUUGCAAUUUUUGUUAAAGCAUUUGAUUGCAAAUGGGUGUCACACCUACUUCAUCUACAAACUUUGCGGGUUCGUUCAUCUUAUAUAAUGAUAUCCCCUGCUAUAUGGAAAAUGUCAAAGUUGAGGCAUGUGGACAUAAACGAAUUUCCCGUUACAGUAUGGGAAAAAGAUGAUGAAGAUGAUAUUGUGUUAGAUAACUUGAAGACUCUUGGAAUGUGUUCUAUCUCCGCGGCUGACAUGACUUGUAAGUUUUGGGACAAGUUUCCAAAUCUUGAAGAACUCAGGCUCCACAUAAAUGAAUUUGAAGAUGAUUAUCAUUUUUGCUUUUUCCCCUUACGUCUCAGGGGAAAAGCAUUGGGAUCUCAGUGAUUACACGUUUGAACAACUCAAGUUUUUGAAAUUACAUCGUGUUUUUAUGACCGAAUGGAGUUGCUCAGAGGAAUCAUUUCCUUGCCUUGAAUAUCUUGUUAUAAAAAGUUGUCCCAAGCUUGAAGAGAUCCCAUUUA